AUGGAUCCCUUGUGGGCUAAGGACACUUCUGUGAAAGAUCGCCUGUGCAUCUUAACAGGCCGAGCGUGGAUGAUUAGCAGGGAGCUUCAGACUGUUGACUUGAACCAUCGUUUCAACACGGUAGUCAAAGUCAUCCACCUGGAGUCUAAGCACCAUGGGAGAGGUGCAAUUGUUGAUCUGCAGCUCGACAAUGCUCUUGUGACCUCCACAACGAUCCGAAAGCCGAAGCUUACUGGAGAAGAGGUUUACCUAGACUCUUCUGCGUGCCCCUUCCUGAUCCGAGAAGGAGAAGUGUACAUGUUGGCAGGAGCGAUCUUUGUCAACGAUGUCCAAGGCCGGAGAACGCUCAAAAUGCCUGCUGUUCAAGAGAAAACUGCCUCCAUCCUCUUGCCUACAAGAGCAGAUGCCAUCGUGAGUGUGGCUGAGCUUUAUGCUGGAGGACUCAAUGGAUACAAGAGGGCGGCUGAUAUGCUGCCUGCGACCUGCUCCAUCCGUGUGGAAUAUGAGGGCAUGUCAGUUGCAACCAGCCUCCUCAACGACCCCAAUGCUGUGUUGUUCACCGAUCGUGGAGGUAGCCCAAACUUUUCAGUCUUCUGGGGAGAAGUGGCAGAUCUACGCUGGACACAGGCUAUGCAUGACAGCAACGUGGAGAUACUCUGCGCGGCACCGCCAGGAGCAGCCUUCCAGGCAGGUGCGGUCUCUGUGGGCUUUGAUGAUGGCCAAAAGGCUGCUCCGAUUUGGCAGUUCUUCUUGAUGGCAAGACUGACCCAACGUCGGGCCAUUGUGCUGGAGAUGCCACCUGCCUUUGGAAGCCAUGAUGACAAGACCUUGACGGUGGAUAUCAUGAAGUGGGCAGGCUAUGUUCUCAAGUGGGAGGGUCACAUUGACACGCCAGAGAUGAUACCGGCCUACCACAAAAAGUUCUUCAUGAUCUUCUGGAAUGGUGCAGACAGCCCCUCAGCACACGUCCCGUUCAAGAUGCUACCCCUCGGACAGAGAGGUGAGAUGGCUUGCAAUGAGGCGAUCUGGGAUCACAUGCCAGCAGACCAUCUUUAUGCACUACAACUACGAGAGGUUGACUACCCCAAGGUUACAAGCAGGGAGCUCCUGCCCCGAACCCUUCAAGGAAAACCUGGUGCAGCGGUACAGCUCCGAGUGGUGGACCAAUCGAGGCCUUUGCCCCCUACGACGACCAGCUACGGCACGAUCCUCAGAGCUCCAUGGGCUUCUCUGCAAAAGCGUGACACGAUCCUGCCAGAGCCGGAAGCAGAUGCGAUGAUGUUGAUCGGGGAAUGUACAACUCCUGCACAGGCCAUGCUUGUUUUGGGAUCGGUCAUUGCCCACAGACAAGAAGCACCAAUGGAGGAAGACCAUCUGCUUCGCUACCUGGACGAGGGACUCCGGCAGUACAAGGACGGCUGGCUUCCAUGGAAUGUGGCAGUGCCUUACUGCAGAUCUACGUGGUGUAUGGUGAUGCGUGCGGAUGACCCAGGAAGGUCUUCUACGGGCACUUUGGCCAGCAGACUGGCCAGCCUACAGGCGAACCUGGACACCUUGACAUAUGGAUACACCCAGGGAAGGCGUAUGCCCCUGUUCUCUGAGGAGAUUCGGGUCGAGUAUGAGCGCUUCUUUGCACAGGAGCCACCACCUGUCCAGAUGACGCACCGCCUGUUUGAGGCCUUCUGUGGCUACCAUGACCUGCUGCUGGAUGAUGAUGAGAGCACGGAAUCAGUUCACCAGAAGAUUGCAGACUUCCUGCUCAUCCCGGCUGAGCGCCUGGUUGCUGUUCCGGUCAGGUGCAAGGACCCGAGCAUGGCACGGUGGAUUGUGGUUGGAGAGGUCAUCUCCAGUUCCACCAACAAGGCAUUGGUGCUGGUGGAUGCAGCCAUCCCACAAGCACAUUGGUUGCCAGACCCUAUCCAGAAGUCGGACCUUGCCACUACCUACCUGGAUGCACAUGGCUCCUUCCCAGACAUUGUCAUGCUCAAUGGGGAGAUUGUUGAUGAACUGCAGUGGCCACUACCUGCCCUCAAUGGGGACUUCUUCAGACUUCGAUGGGACAACCACUCAGACAACGAGUGGCAAGAUGUGGAUGUGUUCAAACAGUUUGAUGAGAUCGAGCGAACCCUCCCAGAUACACCCCAGCCUGAAGACAAUGAGAGCAGCGAAGGAGGACCGGUCACCGACCCUCCUCUGGAUGACACGCAGCCGAUGACAGACGAUGAGGACCGCCCACCACCGGGUGAGGAGGCCACACCUUCGACGGUCGAGCCGCCAGUCCGCGGGAUGCCCUUCUCCGAGCCCAUGAUCUACAAGAGACAUUGCACCCAGGAGGCAAAGGACUUGCGAGGCUUGGAGCCUAUGCCAGUGCCGGCGACAGCCAACUACAAUGCCAUUGCGACCCCGGACAUGUCCUCUGCGGUCUACUUGGCCUUCCAGAGCCGGGUCCUAGCUGUGGGACAGAAUGAUGACAGAAGCCUUCAGCAGAUUGUCUUGGAUGAAUGGGGGCUACCUCUUGGAUCUACGUACUUCACACUGUUCGGAAGGGUGUUGGCCUCUUCUGCCCUCUGUGCAUGUGUCCCAGUUGGGGCCACAGUGGUUGUACGUGGACGCCUUCGAGGAGGAACUCAGAAUCCAGUCACCAAGUUACGUGGUUUGCUGGCAGCGAAAGGUGUGCCGGAAGAAUCCCUGGACGAACGGAUCCGUGAAAUCCGUGAGCAUGUGGGGGACAAAGGUAUCCGUGAAGCAUAUUCCUCAUGGGACCCCUGGGGCAAACUCAAAGCUGCCUGCCCCACCAGAUUGGUCAAGGAGUCCGAGGCUAAGCAUCGCCCCAAGGCCAAGGAAUUGCAGAAGGACGUUGGCCCCGAUCCUCUGAUGACGUCGGAUCCGUGGAUGCAAGCCCUGCAGGACAAAGGAUCGUGGAAGUUGGAAUGCUCCUUCUUUCAGAUGGAAGAUGGGUCCACCCCACAGGCUUUGACAAAGAUUUCACAUGGAUCUGUCGGGAUUGCCCUGGUCACGGAAAGGGAGGCGGAAUUGCUGCUACAGAACCAAGAGACGAUGUCCUCUGGGGAACUUGCAGCGAUCGUUGUGGGAUCAUCUUUCCUCAAUGCGGGGAGCUUUGACAUGCAGCAGGUUGAAGUUCCAUGUCGGAAUGCCCAAGAUGCCAGAAUUUUGGUGCGAGCACAGAUGAUCAACUUUGGAGCCAAAAAGGUGACCCUUGCUGGUGAAUCCUCCAGGAUCAAGGUGGAUGAACUUGAGGCGGUGGUGUUAGCUUGCGAGAUGGUCCAGAAGGAGAUUCCUGAAUGGGAUGAGGUUGCAGAUGCCCCGCUGAAGUUCCUCAAGUCGAGGAUCCCGACCUUGGAGGAGGCCCUCUUCGCGACCUGGGGUCGCCGAUGCUUUGCUGCUGGCAAACCCACCACGGAUGCCAGGGCGGCCCAGACUAUGUUUGUCAUGCUCCGCAUCAAGAAGCAGUACAAGGAGGCAAUCUUGAAGUCGGUCUGUGAGGGAAUCUACUUCUCCCCAAGGUCAGAGGAUGGCGCGCCAGACCAUACAUACAAGGUGGUGUGGUUCCAGGACAAGCCAUUGGCUGAGGUGUUGGUCAAAGCCAACACAGAACCUACUGCGAUGGGAUUGGUCAGAAACAAGACGGGCUUUGGCAUUCGUGUCAAAGCGUCGGAGUUUACGAAGCUCAAGCAGAAAUGGGUUCCAGCCUGGAAGCCUCUGGCCAACACGCCUUAUGACCUCAAGAUCCAGAAGCACUUUGACCUGCAAAACAUGCCUCUCUGCUGCUCCAAAGCGGAAGUGCAGAAGUUCAUCAAUGACAUCAAGUGGGAGGCUCUGGUCAUCAAGCAGCUACACCCACGAACAUGGUUGGUGGGAGCAGAGCAACAGCCGGAGAACCUUUUUGCGAUGCAAGUGGACUCCGACUCGACUGCCUCGGAUCUGGAAGACCGAAUCCAGAAGAAGCUGGAUCAGCUUCACAAGGAGCAGCAAUCUUCUUAUGCCAUGCUCAAGGAAGACCUCGAUGGGUUCAAGAAGGAGGUUGUUGCCACCAACCAGAAGCAGGAGAAGAUCAACAACGAGCUUGCUACGGGCAUCUCCAGUAUCACGGCCACUAUCACUGCACAGCUCAUGCAGCAUACAGCUUCGAUUACAUCGGCGCUAGAUGGGCACCGGGCCGACAUUGCCAAGGACUUGACCACCUCCCAGGCAAGCCUCAAGGAUGAACUCAUGGUGGAGGUCCGGAGCCAGAUUGGUACGAUGCGGAAAAGGAUUCCCUCCCCAACCAAGGAGAAGGAGGCCGAUGGAAAGAAGCCCAAGCAUGGUGUGCAAUGGACAGCUGGCAACAACUACCGACCAGCUGAUGGAUGUGUUUUCGUGCAGCUCCCCUUUGGCGUGGAUGACGGCAACACUGCUGGAAAGAGCUUUUGUGGAGCAAAUUCGAUGUAUAAUUCAUUUUACCCGCGGACCAUGAUGGAGCCUUUUGGGUGCAUUUGGCACCCGCCACCCUGGAAUCAAUUACAGCGAGUUGGGGAAGCUGCGAACCCUGGACCCAAGACUGGUCUCAUGACAGUGGCUGGCCUCAAUGUUCAGAGUCUCAAUGCUUUUUUGGAUGAUGGGCGAUUCUUACAUGCGGCAGAUGUGGUUUUCUUUUCUGAGACGGCGGCAACAGUCUUUGUACAACAGAAAGCAACGAAACAAGCGAACAUGGCUGGCAGACACCUGGUUUGCAGCAAAGCGGCGGCUAGGAGAUGCUUCUCAGAUGGCAGACAAUGUGAGACCAAAGGGCAAGCGAUUGGAUCUGCAAUCUUGUCGAAAAUGCCUAUGAGAUCACUGCGAGCCCAGUGGACUCCGGAAUCCUGGCAGACAGGACGAGUGGUUGAUUCUUUCCUGGUUGCCCCGGUUGGACUUAUCUAUGUCUGUGCUAUUUACGGUUUUCAUCAAGGCCACCCUGAUGCUGAACUGCGAAAUGAAGAUCUGUUGCGGGAAGUGGCCCAGAGGGCAUCUGCUUUGGACUGCCCAGCGAUUAUUGUGGGUGACAUCAACAUGGAUGUUCAGGCCCUCCUUGCGUGGCAAUUGUUACAGGACCAAGGAUGGCAGGAUGCAGCCAUCUGGCAACAAGCAAGGGAUGGUCGCGAACCUGCUUGUACUUUCAAAGAGGACUCGAGGAUUGACUACGUCUUGGUCAACCCCAAAGCUGCGGUGGCCCUCCAACACUUUGGUGUUUCUGAACAGCCGGAGACCGAUCACAAAUCUGUCUUUGCCACCUUUGAUUGGAACCUUUUACCCCAGCAGGCGAGUUCAUUCCGGAUGCCGUUGGAUGCCUCAAAGCUCAACUUGCUUGAACAUGAACUGAAGAUGGCUUACAUUCCUGCGGCUCUGGAUAAGGAUUUACAGUCAGCGCUGAAAUCUGGUGACAGUGAGGUGGCAUGGACUGCCUUUGCCCGGGCCUAUGAGGGAUCAGUUGCCUAUGCAUUGGAGACGAAGGCUGAACCAAGGCCGCCGAAACAUUUCUUUUCGCGUGGUCGCUCUGUUUUCCACAAGGUACCUUUCCUGGAAUCGCCUACCCCGUCUGCGAGACUGGGCGAGUUUCAACCUACAGGUGAUGAAACGAACAUCCUGCUUAGACAAAGAGUUCGUCAGGUUCGAAGGAUUGCGACCUAUGUGGCACAGAUGCGGGCUAUGUCGCGCCAUGAGAACGGUUCCCGGCCUUACUGCAAUGCUGAUCAAGCCCGCAGACAAACAUGGAGAGCAAUACUUGCGUCCUCAGGUUUCCCUGGUUCCUUCCAGAAGUGGUGGAUGGAUGUACAUUAUCAAGAGUUUCCUUUGGGUUUCCCUUCAGCGGCCGUAGCCAAUGUUAUGCUUGAUGUUCUUAAGAAUGACGAGAUUCAUUGGAGUCACUUGGCUAGAAAUUCUCGUGCCCAGUGCACUAGAAAGGUCUUCCACGAUGAUUGGAAAAAUGGUGGCCACAAGCACUUUAGUGCCAUCAAGCCGCCGGGAAUGCCCAGAGUUGACUCGCUGGAUAUUCCUUCCUCUUUACAAAUCCAGCUGUGCAGAGCCCGUGGGAAAAGAUCUUUCGUUUGCACUCCAGUCCAUGAUGAUUUGCAAUGCAUUCAUGUGGGAUGCAGAUGGACUCAGGGAACGUCUUCGGCUGUUGUGUCCAAGAUUGUUUCGGGCAAAAUUCACCUUGCUGAUGUUGUGGGGACUUUUACAUCUGGUUACAUACAGCAGCACAGGCCUUCGGCCAUCCCGCAGGAGAUCACAGAGGUUGCUGGUCAAUACUGGAAAUCCUUUUGGAAUACCAAGCGAUGCUCUGAUGCAGAUGAUGUGGAAGUGAUGGAGGCUAUUGAUUUUCUUCCCCAGUUACCGGUGUUGGAUUGCAACGUGGACCAACAGGAUUUGCAAUGGGCCCUUUCCAAACUUUCUACCAAAAAGGCUCGUGGAAUGGAUGGUUUCUCCAACUAUGAGCUGAAAGCAUUACCACUUGCGCUCCACCCACACCUCCUUGAUCUACUCAAUCUUUUCACGAAAACAGGUGUUUGGCCACAGGCUUUGCUGAGGGCGAGAAUGGCAUUGCUUCACAAAACAACGGAGAUUGGAGACAUUACAACGACGAGACCAAUCACCGUUCUGGCUUCAGUAUAUCGCCUAUGGGCAAAGAUUAUGACACGGAAACUGCUCAGACAUGUGACACCGCACUUACCCAAAACCUUAUUUGGCUCUGUGCCGGGAAGAUGCUCUGGUGAUAUGGUGGGUGCUGUCCAAAGUCGGUUGGAAAGAUCUUUGCUGACGGGACAACCUAUGCAUGGAGUCAGUCUGGAUUUUUCCAAAGCCUAUAACACUUUACCGCGUGAAUUGUUGGAGAAGAUCAACCACCGUUUAGGAUUGGGUGCUUUGUGGAAGCCAUACUCUUCUUUUCUAUCUGAUUUGCAGAGGCAUUUCAAGUGUGGUGACCAUUGGGGCAGUGCACAACUAUCUACGGUUGGUGUACCAGAAGGAUGCCCUAUCGCGGUCGGCCAGAUGAUACUCUUGACAUGGGUUUUUACAGAGGCAAUGCGGCGACAAACAUCGACGACCCUUUUUUCUUAUGUUGAUGAUUGGGUGAUGCUCAACGGUGACGCCCAGUUAUUGGCGGAAGCUAUUAUGCAAUUGGACAAACUUGCGCGGAAAUUUGGCCUUCUCUUGUCUUUGCCAAAGUCUGGGGUUUUUGCCACGGAUCAGAAACUGGCUAGGAAGCUACAGGCCCUAUUGGGUGGACAAGGCUUUCGGCUGGGGCUGGUGAAGAACUUUAAAGGCUUGGGCAUCAACUUCCAGACUGCCAAACAGCUUUCAGCCCAAAUCCGGGACGAGAGAUGGACGAAGUCGAAGGUUUUACUGAACCGCCUACAGUAUAUGCCAUGGUCUGAGAAGAUCAAAACACAGAUUGUCACACGUGGGAUCAUGCCGUUAGUCUUCUUCGGUGCACAAACUUGGGCAACUGGCAAGGACUUUAUUCGUGAAGUUAGGGCCAAGUGCAACCACUCUGUAUGGGGCAAGAAGCAGUACCAUUUGCACUACUUGACGCCUUUAUUUUCGGGAACAUGCUAUGAACCGGUGCUUUACCUCGCAAAGUAUCGUUUCUCUGCAUUGCUCCGGUUGAUGGCGAGGGAUUUACCUCUGCUUCAAGAAGUGUGGGACUUGGCAAUCCAGAAGAAAGCAUUCUUCAAAAGGGCCACGAAGGGUAUGGUGUCUCUUUUUCUCAACCAAUUACAUGACCUGGGAUGGGAACUCCAGAGAGAUGGGACCUGUAUUUCACUGGAUGGUUGGGUCUUCAAGAUAUGGGAGAUAUCUGCUGCUCAAUUUGCUGAUAUUGUUUCUGCUGAUUGGGAAAGAAACCUCCUACAACAUUUGCAUACAAAGAAGCAUUUUGCGGACUUGCAAGACUUUUCUGUGUUUCGGUCUUCUUACCCUCCCUUGCCGGACCCUCUCUUGGAAGGCUUCAUGCGGAAAGUUAGGUUGGGGGGAUUGUUCCCGCAAAGAAGGAGAUCGCAUGUCAACACAGCGGAGGAACAAUUUUGUCACCAUUGUGGAGCUGUUGAUACACUGGAGCAUCGUGUUCAUGACUGCCCAGCUACUUUUUCUGUUCGACUACAGAAUGAUUGGAAGGAUAUUUGUUCGCAGCCUGACUACAUGUUGCUCACUGGUUUGUUCCCGAGACUCAAGGACCACAACAAAUAUUUACAAGCUCUUGAUGAUAUUCAGCACCCCCCAGUGUUGGAUCCGCCUAUACAAGUGGAACGCUUCAAUCUGUUUACGGAUGGGUCGGCCAUUGACAACACCUGUCCGUUUAUGAGGCUGUGUGGAUGGGCUGUCACCUGUGCUCAUGAUGGGGGACCGCGGAAUACAACUCUGUGCGCUGGGCUUUUGCCAGGUAGAAGACAGACUGUUUUUCGUGCAGAAUUUCAUGCAGUAAAUGCGGCUAUAGCCUCGGUGCCAUCGGCGAAUAUUUACACGGACAAUCAAGCUGUUGCCAAGAUUGUGAACCAGUUGCUGGUCUCGGAGUAUACAGACGAAGCCUGGAUAGCACACCAUGAUAGAGACCUGAUACGCACGUGUUCGAGGUUGCUCUCGUCCAAACAGAGAGGGGCCUUUUCAGUCACCUGGGUCAAAGCCCACAGACCUCUCACUUCGGCCUGCAACAACUACGAUUUAUGGCUUAUUCAUCACAAUGCUGCUGCUGACAGUGCUGCUAACAAACCGUUGCUUUCCAUUCCGCCAGAGCUGCUUUCUCUUCGUACGUCCUUGACUGCUACUUUGAAAGCUGAUUUACUGCUUUAA